GACUUAACUCAACAAUGUAUAUAAUAGGAAAACAUCUUACAGGAUUAUGUGAUUGGUGUGGAAUUAGAGAAAGAGUGGAAUAUGUAUUAAAACAGUGUAACAGAUAUACAGAAGAAAGAAACAAACUAACAGAUGAAUUACAGAAGAAAGGAGAACAGCAGUUAACCUUAAAGAAGCUUUUAAGAGGGGAUAGUCUAUUAUUACAAUUUCUGAAUAGAACUCGGAUAAUUGAAAGAAUAUAGCUAGGCCAUAAAAGUUUUGUUUUUUCUUUCUUCCAACUCUCUCUGGGCAAUGAGGGACUUGAGGCUGAAAAUGGAGGAGCUGAACACGCAGCGCCAUCGGAAGCACGAGUCCUGAAAGGUCUGGGAAGAGAAGGAAAAGAGUCUCUGAUCCGUAACCCACAGUAGAUGGCGGAAAUGCUCUAUUUUAGAAUGCGAGCCGCCAAUAAAGAAGAAGACGGCGACUACACGGUAUACUGCAGCAUUCAAAGGACGCGUUCUACCUAGCAUGUAGCCUUCCAAACGAGACACAGCUAAUGUCUCCUGUCGGCAGACUCAUUCAGCUGACUCUGGUCAAGAAAACAUACGAAUGGUCAAAGUCAACGUAGGACCCACUUCCAAUAACGUCACUUAUUUUCAUAAAGUGUUUGCAUAUUUUGGUUUAAUACAUAGACCUAAGUGGAACUGUUUGGGUGUGUUCGCAAUGGGUAAUUCAUGUGGCCACAAUAACACAUUGAGUAUCCUGCCAGGUAAAGGCCCACACCAAGUAGGAUGCACAGACCUGAUGGUGGGCCACACAGUUCAGGGGACAUUCUUUAGACUGUACUAUCCGUGCCAAGCAUCAGAGAAUCCUAAAUUGCCAGACUGGGUCCCGUGUCGAGAGUAUUUCAGUGGUCUUGCAGACUUUAUGAAGAUGAACAGAGCACUGAGUGAAAGAAUUUUCAACUACCUCUUUGGGUCUUCUAAAAUCCCAGCAGCCUGGAAUGCCUCUUUUAAACCAGAUGGGAAAUAUCCUGUCAUUAUCUUCUCUCAUGGACUGGGAGCUUUCAGGACAUUGUAUUCAGCCAUAUGUGUCGAAAUGGCCUCACAGGGCUUCAUUGUUGCAGCUGUGGAACACAGGGAUGAAUCUGCCUCUGCAACAUAUUACUUCAGAGAAAAUACUGAGCCAGGAACAAGAAGACAUGCGUCUUGUGACAUAUCCAAGCCUGUGUCUGAUAAUCUGAAAGAAGAAUGGAUGUACUACAGGCCGCUGAAACCAGGCGAGAAUGAGUUUCCUCUGAGAAACAAGCAAGUGAAGCAAAGAGCUGAUGAAUGCAUCAGAGCAUUAAAUGUUCUCUUUGAUAUCAACUCAGGAAGGUCUGUGGAAAACGUCUUACAGUGUCAGUUUGAUUUGUCAACAAUGGAGAAUUCAAUGGACCUGUGUAGAGUAACGGUUAUGGGACACUCCUUUGGAGGCGCAACAGUGAUUGAAUGUUUGUGCAAGGAGGUCAAAUUCAAGUGCGGUGUUGCAUUGGAUACCUGGAUGUUUCCUUUGGAUGAGGAGAUCUUCCCAAAAGUGAAGCAGCCAAUCUUUUUUAUUAAUUCUGAGAAAUUCCAAUGGAUUGGGAAUAUAAUACAUAUGAAGAAGCUGGACUCAGCCAUCAUUCCCAGAAAAAUGAUAACCAUCAAGGGAACAGUCCAUCAGAGCUUCCCAGAUUUCACAUUUCUUACUGGAAACCGGAUUGGAAAGCUCAUGAAGCUGAAAGGAGAGAUUGAUCCACAUAUAGCCAUGGAUCUUUCCAAUAAAGCAACUUUGGCUUUUCUUCAACGCCAUUUAAAUCUGGAAAAAAACUUCAAUCAGUGGGAUUCUCUUAUUGAUGGAAAAGAUGACAACUUGAUUCCAGGCACCAAUAUAACUAUACCACAGUCAUCUGUUUAAUCCAGAUGCAUGUAACAAAGUGAUCUGAUGUAAAUUAUAUUUAAUAGUAUCUUUAUAUGGGGAAAAACUACAACCUACUCAGGAUGACUUAUGGAAGCUACCACUAGCCAACAGCCACACACUUUUCAAAGCAGAAGUGCAAUAUAUUAUCAUUUUCAGUUUUUUAAACACUUCACCGUCCUUUGUCCUGUGCCUUAAUGUGUUUAGGAUUGUUUCAAGGAGGCAGUUAGCAGACAACCAUGUAUGUAUAUCUACAGUGCCACACAAAUGGUACAUCAAUCAUAGCCUACAUGCAUGUUGUCCCAUCAGAGCAAGAACACCUUAGCACAUCAGUCUCAUGAUCUGUAACUCAAACUUCUGAUUUACAAAAACACUUUUACACCACUAAUUUGAAAUUAUUUGCAAUUUUGAAAUCACUUUCAAAAAGAAAAUUGUACAAAUCUUUGUAUUUGAGAUUGUUUAUUAAACAGAAUAUCUUUGGUA